AGAGUGCCAGUGGCUCUUUCGGGGGCGUGACGUCCAUUAGCUCCAUUUUCAAAGUGGCUAAUUCACCUCUUUUCUCCUUCUCCUCCCCCCCCCCCUCUUCCUUGUGUCGUGAGGAAGUGCAUUGCGUGGAAUGUGUGUUGUGUGUUUACGUUCGCCGCUAUCGUCGAGGGGGGCGGGGCGGACUGUCAAGGCGCUAGCGGUAAGAUGGGUCGUCCUAUCUCUCCUAAGCACCGCUUGCUCUGCAGGAUAUACUGCACUGAAGGAAACGGCCCCAGGAUGCAAGAGGUCUGGUCAUGAUCUCGUGUGCAAUGUAUCCAACUAUACCGAGGGGGUGAAGUUUGACAAUGACGACUGGUCGGGAAAGUCCACCACGAAGAUCACAGUAACUGGAGCGAAGGCCCUUCAUCUGAUCUCCCAGCAAGGCGUGAGCAAUAUAACUUGGAAUUUCGUCAACUGUUCGGACGUGAGAGUGGACGAUCCGAAAAGUUCUCCUAUCGUCCAAUUGCGCGUUACUCACUCAGAAGUGACGAGAAUCAGCAGGAUCAAAAAGGUCCUUAAAGGAACUGAGUCCGUUUUCAAGAGGGUAAAUAUCGACAGCCUUCAGCAGUUUGAUUUCGCCCAGUCGCAAAUCUCCGAACUGGAUAUCCGCGCCACACACGCGAAGUCUACGAUCAAUGAGUCUCGAGUGGAGGCCCUGAACUUCUUAGAGGUCACAGGCGAGUUCCUCUUCGAGAUAAGAGGAAGCACCAUCAAGGAGAUCAAAAAGCUGAUCUUUAACACGACGGACACGGACUCCCGCAUCACCGACACGGAGAUCGAGACCAUAGGACGGGAGAGCUUCGUGGUUUCCGGCAGUAAGCUGCUGCUGGAGAAUGUCGCCAUCACGACCCUGGCUUCUAGGGCUUUCCUCAUCCGCAGCGCCCUCGUCUUGCGGAACUGCCAGAUCCAGCAUGCCGGGUUCGACAGCUUUGUGCUGGAAGAUGGGAGUAUCGACUUACAGAACGUGAUGAUUGGGGACAAGAACGUAUCAUUCGCCAUCGACAAAGCCAGCGGGGGUCUGCUUGUGUUAGCGCUCAUACUUCCUCAAUCUUCAAACUGGACUGGACUUGCUGUAGGGAUAUCGUUUAGUCUCAUCUUUGGUAUCCUUUGCGGUGCAGGCUUGGCGUACCUUAUCUUGCGAUGGAGAAACAAAGUCCAGGACCGGUCGCAGGAAAACAUGGAGUUACUUCCGAGCACCAACGACCCCACGCCCGCUCUUCCCUCCAACCCCCCGCCGCCCACCCCGACGCCGCAGCACCAGUCCCUUCAGGAGGAAAAGGACCUUGGCGAUGACGAAAUCUACGAGGAAUACGAUGAGGUCACCAACCAAGUCCCCGCACCUCCGAAGAGCGUCAACCUUCUGCCGGGAAGCAACUUCCUCAGACCUUCCGACAACCUCUCGCCUCCGGCCGGCGUGCAUUCGAACGGCGGUCCUCCUGUCCCCCCGACGGGCGCCGCUGGCCUCGCCCCUCCGGAACCUCCUCGGCGAGACAAACCCGCGCCACAGCCUCCAAGCAGAGACGGCCCUCCUCUCCCGACCAACCUCCCGCCGCUUCCGCCCGCCGCUUCCCCGACCCCUCGCCCGCCGCCCAUUUCAGAGAAGCCACAGGUGCUCAAACCCAUCAGCAGACCUGAAGAGACGUCCUCAGCAGGUGACAACGACCUGGAGGUCUACGACGAGGUCAGUGAGCAGGUUCCGACACCGCCGCCGACUGCCUUGCGCCCUCCGAUCCCCGGAGGCAAACCGUCCUUCCUCCACAGGGGCAACGAAGCCCAACCCAGCUCGCAAUCGCCCCCUGGGACCGACCCCGAAAAGCCACGCUUCGGACUCCCAGGGAUGCCAAAGAGGCGGGUUGAUCCGCCCGGGCCGAAAGCACCUGGAAACUCAGCAGGGCCGGCAGCUCCCGGGGCUCGCCCCUGGGGGAAACCACGCGUUCCACAGUGGCCUCCUUCCACGCCCUCCAAGCCGCCGCCGCCGCCCGCCGAGCUGAAGCCUUCGAUGGGGAGUGUCGAGGACGACGACGAAGACAUCUACGAAACGGUCCCUGAGUGAUUUGUCGGUAGUGGGAACGUCGAUACUGGGAGGAGGUAGUAAGAACAGAAAACUGAAUCCGUUGCAAGUAGAGAGGGAAAAUAUAUCCACACAAACACAUACACGAGUGUGUCUGUACAUAUAUUUGCAAACUUGAAGUAUCUUUUUGCCAUCCGAGUAAAAAAAGUGAAUGUACAUAAUUCUUUCUCUUCCUCAUGUUCAUUAUGACGAAGUACAAAAUAGAUGUAUUCUACUUGGGUACUUUCCCUCACUUCUUACCUUAUCAGUUAUGUGUAUAUGCAUUGAUUUCUCUCUCUUUGUUUAUCUAUCUUAUGUAAAUAUAUAAUUUCUUGCUGGGCAGAGUGAAGCACUCGUAGCCUAUUUAGCUAUAAUUGUACGUGAUUGAUAAAUUAAAAGCUUAUCUUUUAU